AUACAUUCGACCGCAGAGAGAAACGGUCUAUUGCGCUAUUCUCCAGCUCAUCCACCGUGCGGUCGCGGACGGGUACCCGCCGUUCGAUCCACCGUGCUCGUCCCUUCGACAACCUGUAGUCGCCACAAUUAUCCAAUCGGGCUAGUCGUUCAUACACCAUUUCUCCGUCCGCAAAAAGGCAAUGCAAAAUUAUUUAAACGUUCAGUAGUCUCGAGGAUUAUGCCCUUAAAUUACAUACAGUGAAUACUACAAGUAAAAUAAAUUAUUUCAAAACUUUGAAAGUGCGAAAUCAUAAACAAACAAUGCCGGCGAUUGUAUCGAACGAACUUCAGGAUUUACAAUUGAGAUCGGCUCACGUGACAGAUGAGUCAUUGGAGAGUACUCGACGAAUGAUAGAGUUAUGUGAAGGGACUAAAGAAGCGGCCAUAAAAGCUCUUGUCGAAUUGGAUGACCAAGGCGAAAAAAUGGACCGAAUUGAAGAAGGUAUGGAUCAGAUCAACGCAGACAUGAAAGAAGCAGAAAAAAAUUUAACCGGUAUGGAAAAAUGCUGUGGACUUUGCGUGCUACCAUGCAACAAAUCAACAUCUUUCAAAGAAGACGAAGGAACAUGGAAAGAAAAUGAUGACGGCAAAGUAAUAAACAAGCAACCACAACGAGUGAUUGAAGGACCUACCACAACGCCACAAGGUGGUUACAUAGUAAGAAUUACCAAUGAUGCCCGUGAAGCAGAAAUGGAUGAGAAUUUAGGGCAGGUGAAUACUAUGAUCGGUAAUCUGAGAAACAUGGCAUUGGAUAUGGGUUCUGAGCUUGAGAAUCAAAAUCAACAAAUUGAAACUAUAAGUACCAAAACAAAAUCAAACGAAGUACGCAUUUCAAUGGCCAAUCAAAGGACCAGAAACCUUCUUAAAUAAAUUAAUAUCUUGUUAUAAGGUAUAAUAAAAAAUUAACACCAAGAAUAACUCUGAAAUUGGGUAUUAAAUAAUAAGUAUAUAUAAUAUCUAUAGUAUUUUAUAUAUUUUAUAUUACAUAUUAAUAACUUUGUGACAUAGAUUAUUCAACAUUUUAUUUUUUGUUUUCGAAUAAUUCGAUGAAAAAAUAAUGAAUAAAUGUCAAAUAAUUUUAAUUAAACUUAUGAUGAAUAAUUUAAGAAACAAUGCUUUCAUUUAAAUAUUCAAAACGAUGCUAUUUAAAUAUAUAAAAUGUUGGAAACUCUAUAUUAUUAUAGAUUUAUUAUGGUUAAUUAUGAAUGUAAACUUUUGUCUUCCUUUAGAAUUGUUUUUAUAAAGUAAGUUUUAUUAUAUUCAUAUAUUGAAAAGUUGAAAUUUAAAACAUAUUUCUCGUAGCUAACGAUUUUAACUUGCUUCAACAAGCUUUCAGAUCUCUAAAUGGAAAUCAGGUGAUUUUUCAAAUCGUCCAAAUUAUGUAGUGUAAAUGUUUUUUAGAAAUUAAUUUAUUAUUAAUAGUAUAUAUAGUAUAUAUAAUAAAAAAUAUAUUAUUUGUGAAGUUUUGAGAGAUUGUUACAAUAUUUAACGAUUGUAAUUUCUACACAUUAUUUAUUUACGCUCAUCAAAAACACCGAGUUAUAUAAUUCCUUAUAGUAUUUAAAAAAAAAAAUGUUCUAAUGUUAUUUUUUUAAUUGCUAUCUGGGAUAAUAUUUAUAAUUGGUAGUUUAUAUGAUCUAGUUAAAAUUUAAGCUCAAUAUUCGUGUUCGAUAUUUUAUAACAUAGCAAUUUAAUAUAGUUUAAAUUUAUGACAAAAAAUUUACUUUUCAUAAUGAGGUACAAUUAUGUUGAAUCAUUUAUGAAACCAGUUACUCGAAUUUCAAUUACAUUUUUCAUUAUAUUACUUAAUAUGCAUAAUGUCAUAAUAAUUUUCAAAAACUGUUUGCCCCUGAUUGAGAAAAGUAUAUUUUAAUAGUGAAAUAUCUUUAAGUAGUUGUUUAAAUAAAUAUAAAUCAUAAAUCUUAAUAUUUAAAUUUAAAAUUACUACUUUUAAAAAUAUUUUAAUUUUAUUGAAAUUUUAAAAAGAAUCUUUUUGUCUCAUAUUAAAAUAAUAUGCCUAUAAUUAGUUACGACUUACACAGGGUUAAUAUAAUUUAAGAAAUCAGAAAGUAUUAUGAUUGUCAUAUUCAAUUAACUAUAUUUCGAGUUAUAUCUAUAUGAUAUUUAAUUUCAGUUAAAUGCUGUAUGCAUUAUUUUAUUAUCAUUAUUUUUUUUUACAAUUUUUUCAGUGUCGUAACUAGGGUUUUGUUUGGGAAGAACAAGAAUACCUAAGUAAAGUUUUAACUUCUCUUUAAAAUCGUAUCUUUACCAUAUAAAUAUUUUUGUUUUGAUGGGAUCUACACCUACAUAACCUGAGAUAUUUUACUAGGUAAUAGUUAUUACAACUUAUAGAUCAGACAUAUUAUUUACAAUAUUCUUUGUCAUAUAUAAAAAAAUUCUUUAUUUAUAAAGUAAUUAAAUAAUUGUUCAUAUUAUUUUAAUAAAAUAAUUUUAUACUAACAAUAUCCUAAAAUAACAUGCACCUUUUGAAUGAAUUUUUUCAUUGUGUUACCCAUAUCACGAAUUCAUAACAUAUAAUAUACGUAAGUAGGCAAAAAUUAUUGAUCAUAUCCAAAACAGACAAUACUUCUUUUUUACUAAUUACAAUUUAAAUUUUAACAUUUAUAGUUUUAUAUACAAGUAGCAGUAGAAUUAAGUAUCUUAAAAUAUUUAGUGGUAAAUAGUUAAUUUAAUGUUUCUUAAUUCUAUACAAUAUGUUCGUGAUUAAUGUUAAAAAGUAUAAAAUUUGUUUUUAGAAUAAGUUAAAAUAUAUGUUAUGCAUAUGUAGAAUUAAUUAGUUUUAGCUGUGAUGUUUUGAAUUAUUUUUCAACAAAUACUAUAUUGUUUGAUUAUGAUUUAAUAUGUAGAAAUUUGAUAAUAUUACUAACAAAUGAAAAUCGCAGACAACUAUUCCGCAUUUAGCAUUACAGUCAUAUGUAAUAACAAGUUUUAUCUAUAAUAAAAUUAUUAUUUAAAUAGUUUUAUAA